AUGUUUAACCUUAGGUUUAUAGCUCAUGUGAUGGCCAAAAGAUUGAUACUGAUUCUGUGUUCGUUGGUGCUGCUUUUUCGUUCAAGAACUGUGUUUUCUCAGUCUGAUGAGUUCUUCUACGAAGGAUUUAAGCAGGUGGGUCAAAACAUUACCCUUACCGGUGCCGCUGAUAUUGAACAUAAUGGCAUCCUGAGGCUCACUAAUGAUACUGGGAAAUUACUCGCUCACGCCUUCCAGUCAAAUUCAAUUCAAUUCAAGAACAAAACCACCGGUAAAGUCUUCUCCUUUUCUACUGCUUUUGCUUUUGCAAUGGUUCCCGAGUUUGCAACUCUUGGUGGGCAUGGAAUGGCCUUCGCCAUUUCCCGCACCAAAACUAUCCCGGGAGCCCUGUCUCGUCAGUAUCUGGGCUUGGUGAAUGCAACCGACAAUGGGAAUUUCACCAAUCAUAUAUUUGCUGUUGAAUUUGAUACUGUUCAAGAUAUGGAGUUUAAUGACAUGAAUGACAACCAUAUUGGGAUCGACAUCAACAGUUUGGAUUCAAAGGCCAAUGUCAGUGCUGCUUACUUUACUGAUGGCAAUUCAACUCUGCAACCCCUGAAUCUCAAGUGUGGGAAGACGAUUCAGGCCUGGGUUGACUAUGAUUCCACAGUAAAUGUUCUCAAUGUUACUCUUUCAUUGUCUUCAAGAAAACCCAUUAAUUCAGUCCUCUCCUUUCAUGUGGAUUUGUCACCUUUUUUUGAGGAUUAUAUGUAUGUGGGUUUCUCUGCUUCCACUGGUUUGCUUUCUUCCUCACAUUAUGUUUCUGGUUGGAGCUUUAAGAUGAAUGGGCAAGCUCAAUCGUUAGAUCUAUCUGACAUGCCUUCACUUCCUUCAUCUCCAAAGAAUCAUGAAGGAAUGAUUUUGGGUGCAUCCAUAUCUGCUGUAAUUUUUCUGGUUCUCGCAGUUCUGUUUGCUUUGUACAUGGUGAACAGAAUCAAGAAUAUGGAUGUAAUUGAAGACUGGGAACGUCAUGUUGGCCCGCAUAGAUACUCGUACAAAGAGCUCAAGCAAGCCACCAAAGUUGUUUGUGGAAGGAGGCCAAUCGAGGCAAAAGCAUUGCCUGAAGAGUUAGUUUUGGUGGAUUGGGUUUGGGACAGAUGGAAGAAAGGAACUAUUUUUGAGGUUGUAGACCCAAAGUUAGUUGGUCAUUAUGAUGAGGUUGAGGUGGUGAUUGUGCUUAAAUUAGGGCUGAUGUGCUCCAACAAUGCUGCGGAUAAGAGGCCGACGAUCAGGCAGGUGGUUAGAUACUUAGAAGAGGAAGCCGCGGUGCCGGACAUUGUGCUGGCGCCUGAUGAGCAUGGUGGGAAAAAGAGUGGUGAUUUUGACGAUUUUGUGCAUUCAUACCCGACAUCAGCAAAUUUUGGGAAGUUAACCGCAUGGUCAUCUGAAGCUAAUCCGGCAUCUCCACUUUCAUCGGUUAUUGGCAGCAGUUUACCAGUGAGAUGA